AAGAAAGUGCUCUUUGCUAUCAAACUCCGGGAUAAUCUUGUAAGUCAAUUGAGAUAAUCUUUGCGGCCACUAUUUUACCCGUGAUACCUAUACCUACCCACUGACAUACCUACCUACAGAAACAGGUACCGAAGCAGGCCAAUCGAUAGAUAGAGACAAGUUGCAGAAUGUCGUCCUGGCUUCAGCGCCAAAGUAGCUCUCAUCAAUCGCAGCUAGCUGCUACCGCCGUGCUCUCCGGCGCCGCAGUCGCAGGCGUCAUUCUUGGCUACCAAGCACUUCGAAGGAAAGAAGCUGUCCAACAGCUCAAGGCAUCGAUCCCUAGUAUCGACGAACAACAUCACGCAGAGAAGCUCACAGAUUAUGGGAUCUCAGCCGCCACGCAGUUGAGUAAGGAAGACGAGCGCAGCGCAGCUCUCGCCCGCCGAGCGCAAGAAGGAGAUUACGAUGAGGAUCUCAUCCUCGAACAACUCGCCCGCAACCGCGUCUUCUUAACCGACGAAGGUCUUGCGAAGCUCCGUUCCUCCUACAUCAUCGUCGUUGGAUGUGGCGGAGUUGGCUCCCAUGCCGUGGCAUCGCUCGCGCGCUCAGGCGUGUCUAAGAUACGUCUGAUUGACUUCGACCAAGUCACUCUGUCGUCGCUAAACCGGCACGCCCUGGCAACGCUCGCUGAUGUCGGCACCCCUAAAGUGCACUGCAUCCGCAAGCGCCUGGAACAGAUUGUGCCGUGGGUCAAAUUUGACUGCCGCAAUGAGCUCUUUGGCGGAUCGGUUGCUCAGAAGCUUCUAGCGCCUUGGUCCCUGAAUGACAGUGACAAAGGCCGCAAGCCUGAUUUCGUCCUUGACUGUAUUGACAACAUCACCUCCAAGGUUGAGCUGCUUCACUACUGCCACACCAACGCCAUCCCCGUCAUAUCUGCCAUGGGUGCCGGCUGCAAGUCAGACCCCACCCGCGUCACCAUCGGCGACAUCUCUCUCAGCACCGAUGACCCGCUCUCCCGCAGCACGCGCCGGCGCCUGAAGCUCCUGGGCGUAACCACCGGGAUUCCCGUCGUCUUUUCCACGGAGAAACCCGGCCCCGGGAAGGCCACGCUGCUGCCGCUGGCUGAGGACGAAUUCACCAAGGGUCAGGUGGGUGAGCUGAGUGUGCUGCCAGACUUCCGUGCCCGUAUAUUACCGGUGCUAGGCACCAUGCCGGCUGUGUUCGGGUAUACGUUAGCCAACCAUGUCAUCUGCUCCAUUGCUGGCUAUCCGCAGGAUUACAGCAUCGGGGGUAAAGGCCGCGACAAGCUAUACGACGGCGUUCUGGCAGCUCUACAGGGGACGCACGAGCGUUUAGCGCGUGCAGAGUAUGGCCCCAACCUCGUCGGCCUUCGCUUGCCCGUCAGCAAGGAUGACAUCGGUUAUCUGGUAGAUGAGAUUUGGCGGGGAAAGAGUGCCGUCAGUGGGCUGCCCAGCCGCGUGUGUCUGGUGCCUUGGGAGCGGCCCGAACGCGGGUUUGCCCCCGACCCUGAGUGGAUGAAGCAAGGACAGACUUAUGUUCCGAUCGAGAUGAAGAACUUGGUCUGCAUGACUAAGGACGAGGCCGCACGCCACGAGAAAGAAGUCCUUCUGGGUGGAAAGAAGCUAGAGGAGCUGUACGAUGAAAAGACUAUUGAGAUGGUGCGAAAACGCCAGAAAGAGGUUGAGUUUCACGAGCAAUAUCGCUGAACCUCAUAAUACUCAUUAUAUAUUGUGUACAUUGUGUAUAUUGUGUACAUACACUCUUACAAUGAGAUGGGUGGGAGGAUAUAGAUAGUAGCGGA